AUGGAGCUCCACUAUCUUGCUAAGAAGAGCAGCCGGGCAGCCCUGUGUGAUGCUGUGGACUGGAGUUCAGGAGGGCUUCCCAGGGACCAGGCAGAUGCAGCAGCCACUAAAGCUGCUCUCUGCUGCCAGAGACAUUGUACGUCAGCACCAAGAGCACCAGAGAUGGAAGGGUCUAAACUUAGCCCUUCUCCAGCAUCCCCUUCCCCCUCCCUGCAAGACAGUGCUAUUCAGCCAGACUUCUUGCCACCAGGGCUUCUCAACUCAGGAAACAACCAAAUAACAGCAGAACAGAAAGUCUGCAACUGCUGUAGCCAGGAAUUAGAAACCUCUUUUACCUAUGUGGAUGAGAAUGUCAACCUGGAGCAAAGGAACCGGCGCUCCCCUUCGGCAAAAGGGAGUAAGCACCUGGGAGACCUUGGCUGGGGAAAUCCAAAUGAGUGGUCCCACGAGGCUGCCAUAUCACUGAUAUCCGAAGAUGAAGAUGAUACAAGCUCGGAAGCCACCUCUUCAGGGAAGUCAGUAGACUAUGGUUUCAUAAGCGCCAUCUUGUUCUUGGUCACUGGCAUCUUGCUGGUGAUCAUCUCUUACAUUGUCCCACGGGAUGUGACUGUGGAUCCCAACACUGUGCCGGCCCGGGAGAUGGAACGUCUGGAGAAGGAGAGCGCGAGGCUGGGGGCUCACCUGGACCGCUGUGUGAUCGCGGGCCUCUGCCUUCUCACGCUUGGGGGGGUCGUUCUUUCCUGUUUGCUAAUGAUGUCCAUGUGGAAGGGGGAGCUAUAUCGGCGUGACAGGUUUGCCUCUUCCAAAGAGUCUGCGAAACUCUACGGUUCCUUCAACUUUAGGAUGAAAACUAGCACUAAUGAAAACACCCUGGAGCUGUCCUUGGUAGAGGAAGAUGCUCUCGCUGUACAGAGUUAAUUCUGGUUGUGAACUUCUUGAGAGUCUGCCUUGGCAUUUUAUAUGAACUGAACAAAGCAAAGCAAAGCAAAACAAAACAUAACACAUUUCUUAAAAUUAACAGUGCAGCUUAUCUGCCUGGCGAGGAAAGUCUAUUUCCCAAACGAACAGCCAGUGAGUGUUUUUGUUCUCUAUGUACUUUUAUUUAGAAGAAAAGCCAUGUAAGAUGCAUUAAGAAACCACAACCAGCUUCACCAGUC